CUGCGGUGUUCCGCAGCGGUCCUUGGGCCUCUCCUGUGGAACCUUGGGUACGAUUUCGUGCUCCGCGGUGCCCUCCCAACCGGGCUGAGCGUUGUCUGCUAUGCGGACGACACGCUCGUUGUAGCCCGAGGCGAUGACCUAGCAGAGGCGAAGGCGCGUGCCGAGGCGGGAGCCGCCUUAGUAGUACGGCGCAUCGAGAUGCUCGGGCUGAGGGUGGGUCUCGACAAAACCGAGGCCCUCCUGUUCCACCGCCCUCGAGCAGGACCUCCGACGGGCGCCUGCAUCACCAUCCGCGGCGUCCGCGUCGAGCUCAGUCCCCGGAUGAAAUAUCUGGGGCCGACUCUGGACGGAAGGUGGAACUUCCGGGAGCACUUUCGCGGGUUAGUCCCGAAACUCCUCGGGACGGCGAAUGCUCUCGGGAGGCUUCUCCCCAAUCUCGGCGGUCCGAGUGUGGCAUGCCGGCGUUUAUACACCGGUGUGUUACGCUCAAUGGCGCUGUACGGAGCUCCAGUGUGGGUCGGUGCCCUCACAAGGCCGAACGUGGCUGCGCUGCACAGAGUGCAGCGCGUCAUGGCGGUGAGGGUGGUACGAGCAUACCGCACUGUCUCUCAUGAGGCGGCUUGCGUGCUGGCUGGGACGCCUCCCUGGGAACUGGAUGCCCAGGUUCUGGCGGAGGUUUACCACCAGCGCGCGCGAGAUCGAUCCCGGGGAACGAGUCCGGACCGGGAUCGGGUGGAUAGUUGGCGACGAUCUGCGCGGUCGUCCUUGUUCCAUCGGUGGAGGCAAAGGCUCUCUGAGCCAGCGGCCGGGUUGCGAACCGUGGAGGCUAUUCGCCCGCUCCUCAUGGAGUGGGUGGACCGCCGACACGGAUCCUUGACCUUCCGGCUGGUGCAGAUCCUCUCGGGGCACGGUUGCUUCGGGAGGUAUUUGUGCCACAUAGUCGGGAGAGAGCCGACAGCGACGUGUCACCACUGCAGUCGCGUGGAAGACACCGCUGACCACACCUUGAUGGAAUGUCCAGCGUGGAUAUCCGAGCGUAGCCAACUCAUCCGCGUGGUUGGCGCAGACCUUUCGUUGCCGGUAGUGGUCCAGGCCAUGGUCGGCAGCGAGAGGGCAUGGCAGGCGGUGGCCGACUUCAGCGAGAGAGUCAUCUUGCAGAAGGAGGCUGCUGAACGAGUGAGGGAAGACGACCCCUCCUCGGCGCCGCUGCGCCGACGAAGGCUGGGUCGAAGGCAGCGGGCUUAUGCUCGCGACCUGCCUCCCCAGUGA